AUGCCGACAUAUCCCAUCCGUCGCCGCCCGCGCGAGUGCAAGACCUGCCUGCCUUGCCGCGCCAGCAAAGUCCGUUGCGAUCGCAACGUGCCCUGCAGCAAUUGUGUCAAGCGCAACUUUAUUUGCUCCUACGGUCGCCCGCCUCCUACAGCUAAACUCCCCGUGCCCGUGUCCGCCGGUACCGCGUCCUCCACGCCGCUACAGCCUUCCUUCUCUUCGCUCGGUGUUUCGCCAUCCUACGAUGCGGCUGCGUCGCUCCCUCCUCCCCCUCCGCGCGACGGCUCCUACGCUCCCGACCAGACGAUACCCGCCGGCGAUGACCCGGACCUACCAGAGAUAAUUGACGUCUCGCAGGAAGAGUGGGACGAGAUCAAUUCCAAGAUGGUCGCUAUGGAGCAGAUCCUGGGCAGUCUGCACUCGAUGUUCAAUUCACAUUCAUCUCGGAAGCGCUCCGAGGCCACGACGGUAGCUUCGGAACGGAAGAGCUUCACCCGGUCGGAGGGCGUGUACGGGUCCAACGUGUUAAGGACGGGCGCUGUCCAUCUCGGGUCUCGGUCGGCGCUCGUCGAUAUUCUGGAUAAAUCCAAGGGCUCUGAGGAUAUAGCGCAGGCGCUGCCUCAGGAGGAUCUGCUGGCGGAACUCGCGCUGGGCAAUGAGUCGGCCGCUUAUCCGUUCGUGGACCUGUGGUCCUCCGAUCCCUUUACUUUCAAUAUUGCUGGGGUGUGUGCGGUGCUCCCGGAAGAUGAGCAGUGUCAACGAUUCUUGAGCUUCUACAAAGACAUCGGCGCGGUUUUGUAUCCCGUCCUUCCCGACCUCAACGCGCUGGAACUCAAGACGGGUCGAUUACUCGAGGGGAGACGGCGGGCAGGAGGUGUCUAUAAGCCAGAUGCCAAUGGACUAGUCAAGCCGUUCGGUAUGGACUUGCCGUUUCUCAGCUUGCUUUUCGCGGUGCUAGCCUCGGGCUGUCAACUGUCCGAUUUGCCGAGUGCCGAUCGUGAAUUGACUUCAUGGAUAUACGUCUCUUGUGCAUAUCAAUGCCUGCGGAUGUUGAAUUAUGUUUCGCAACCGACUGUAGAGGUGAUUCAGAUUCUGCUUAUAAUCAGCAAUGUCCUCUCAUAUAAUAUGAACGCUGGUGCUUCUUAUACAUUACUUGGCAUGACGGAGCGUAUGUGUCUCGUGCUCGGGCUCCAUGUUGAAACGACCGGAUUUUCACUCCAGGAGCAGGCCAAUCGAAGGCGUGUAUGGUGGACCAUGGCCUUCCAGAACAGCCAUUUCUCACUCGCCUAUGACCGACCAUCCAUCACCAUGGUCAGCCAACCCGAAAUCCCCUUUGAUCCUAAAUCCAUGCCGGGCCACCGAACAUAUUUUGAGACUCUGUGCCGCGUGGUUUCGCUGGCGCUGGAAGUCCUGCGAUCACGCAUGUACCCCGAAACGCAGGAGCCUCGGUACCACGAGAUCCGAGAGUAUAAGCAGCGCAUCCAGCGCAUGAUCGCAGAGGCGACGCCGCACCUGCGAAACCGCGACCAAUGUCGGUCGCUCGCCGAGCAUAUCGAGCGCACGGAGUUGCGUUUGCAUUCUUCGUACCUUCUCUCCGUGAUUUGUCGAGUGUCUUUAGAUCGACAUGCACACCUAGACGAGCAGCGCCGAGAGCAGAUUCGUGAAGACUGCAUCAGCAGUCUGAUUAGCACCAUCGAUGCCUUUGUCGAGCUGCACGAGAUCAACUCCCAUUGCUCCCGGUCAUGGAUCAGUCUGCAGCGAUCCAUCGCCUCCGCUUUCUUGUUAAUCGCUAAUCGCGACGGGCCCGAGACUUGGGAGCUGAUUGACCGGCUGGAAAAAGUCCUCACCGAUCAUGUUUAUGCAGACGGAACUGCCGAACAUAAUAAUCGCACCGAUUCGGCCAAGCAUUUGUCCUCAUCGCUGCGCGCACUGCGUGAGAUUCGGGAGACUUGCCGCGCGCGCAAACCGGCGGCGCAACCCGUGCCCGUAUCUGGACAGACGUACUCGCCGGUGGUUUUGCCCUCGCCGCCUUCGAUGGCUAAUACCCCCGGGUUGCCGCCUAGCAUGGCUAGGACUGGUGGACCGAUGUUGCCCAUGGAGGAUUGGAGUAUGCGGAAUAUCCUGGGCCGGGUGUCGGAUGUGAUGCUGUUCCCCAGCAUGAGCGGCACGAGUCCAGUUGUGUGA